AUGGCUCGAGUCUCAGCUCUUCUUUCGUUUUCCUUAACACUUUUGGUCUUUCUCCAUGGCUACACAGCUCAACAAUCUCAACAAACUCAGCAAGCUCAGUUUCCAAACGAGUGUCAGCUCGACCAGCUCAAUGCGCUCGAGCCGUCACACGUACUCAAGUCCGAGGCUGGUCGCAUCGAGGUUUGGGACCACCAUGCUCCUCAGCUACGUUGCUCUGGAGUCUCUUUCGUACGUUACAUCCUUGAAGAAAAGGGCCUUUACUUGCCUUCUUACUUGAACACUGCUAAGCUCUCCUUCGUCGCUAGCGGACGAGGUCUUAUGGGGAGAGUGAUCCCGGGAUGUGCCGAGACAUUCCAAGACUCGUCAGUGUUCCAACCACGUGGUGGCAGCCAGUACGGAGAAGGUCAGGAAGGUCAACAGGGCCAAGGUCGCCAAGGCCGAGGUCAACAAGGCCAGGGUCAACAGGGUCAGGGACAACAUGGCCAGGGACAACAGGGCCAGGGCCAGAGACAACAAGGCCAAGGAUUCCGUGACAUGCACCAGAAAGUAGAGCACAUAAGGAGCGGAGACACCAUCGCCACACAACCCGGUGUAGCCCAGUGGUUCUACAACGAGGGACAGCAACCACUUAUCAUUGUCGCUGUUAUGGAUUUAGCUAGCCACCAGAACCAGCUCGACCGCAACCCAAGGCUGGAAACAACCAGCAAGGCCAGGAAUGGAUAA